CAUAGAGCCUUUCACACACACAAUCUCAUCUUUUCCAAAUGGCCAUCCUUGUUACUCAGAAGCUGUGAGGGGGUGGGGAGUACUAGGAGUGUGUUCUGGAUUAUGUAGAGAAAUAUCUGAGCAGGAAUAGAAGAGGAACAGGCAUAAGGCAUGUUUCAGAGAUGAUAAGAUCUAGGAGAAGGUAGGUUGACUUCUGAGGCCAGCUGAGAAAACCUUAAAGAACUCAUGGUUAGGUCAGGCCCGCCCAGAUUAUCGGUUUAUCUUCCUAUAUUUAAUGUGAAUUGAUUUGGACUGUAAUUACAUUUAAGUUGCAGACUAAUUCUUCAUCGGGUUCUUUUGUUAUAAGUACAUCCUUCCACACGCUUAAUGGAAUUUAAAAGUGGCCGUAAAGAUGUAUCUAGUCUAAUGGUUUUACCAUCCCCCAAGCAAAAGAACAUUUUACAUUGAAACCCAUUGUACACAUAUUUUACUGAAACAUUUGGAACACACUGAGUUCUUGGUUUUUUGGUUUCGUUUUGCUUUUUGUUUGUUUUUUAAUGCUGAUCACAACCCAUUAAGUUGCUAAUGCAAACCCAUAGUGGUUUGAGAAACACUGAAGGUGCCAUCCUUUCAGUUCUUCCCAGUCCUCGCCCAGCCACAGAGGACCCAGUCUCCCUCUUAAUCGCUGAGGCAGCUGGUAGGAGAGGCUCUCUACCCUGAGAAGCAAGACAGGACCUCUGCUGUUCCAGGGAGUGAGAAGACCAGAAUUCUGGCUGCAGCUACAGGGCUUUAAGGUUGUAAAAUUAAAGCACUGAGAGCCAAGACAAACACGUACAUCAAGACCCCCGUUCGUGGUGAAGAGCCCAUUUUUGUUGUCACGGGACGGAAAGAAGAUGUCGCCAUGGCCAAGAGAGAAAUCCUCUCCGCUGCAGAGCACUUCUCCAUGAUCCGUGCAUCUCGAAACAAAAACGGCCCUGCCCUGGGAGGCUUGUCAAGCCCUAAUCUGCCCGGCCAAACCACCGUGCAAGUGAGGGUCCCGUAUCGUGUGGUAGGAUUAGUAGUUGGACCCAAAGGAGCAACUAUUAAAAGAAUUCAGCAGCAGACCCACACAUACAUAGUAACUCCGAGCAGAGAUAAGGAGCCCGUCUUUGAAGUGACAGGGAUGCCUGAAAAUGUUGACCGAGCACGAGAAGAAAUAGAAAUGCAUAUUGCCAUGCGCACAGGAAACUAUAUUGAGCUCAAUGAAGAGAACGAUUUCCAUUACAACGGUACCGACGUCAGCUUUGAAAGCGGCACUCUGAGCUCUGCGUGGCUCUCCUCCAACCCAGCUCCUCCCAGCCGCGCCAGGAUGAUCUCCAACUACCGAAACGAUAGCUCCAGCUCUCUGGGAAGUGGUUCCACGGAUUCCUACUUCGGAAGCAAUAGGCUGGCUGACUUCAGUCCGACGAGCCCAUUCAGCACAGGGAACUUUUGGUUCGGAGACGCACUACCAUCUGUAGGCUCAGAAGAUCUCGCAGUUGAUUCUCCUGCCUUUGACUCCUUACCAACAUCCGCGCAAACUAUCUGGACUCCAUUUGAACCAGUUAACCCGCUCUCAGGCUUCGGGAGUGAUCCUUCUGGUAACGUGAAGACUCAGCGUAGAGGAAGUCAGCCAUCUACUCCUCGCCUGUCUCCUACCUUCCCUGAGAGCAUCGAACACCCACUUGCUCGGAGGGUUAGGAGCGACCCACCUAGUACAGGCAACCACGUUGGCCUUCCAAUAUACAUCCCUGCUUUUUCUAACGGUACCAAUAGUUACUCCUCUUCCAACGGCGGCUCCACCUCUAGCUCACCUCCAGAAUCAAGACGAAAGCACGACUGUGUGAUUUGCUUUGAGAAUGAAGUUAUUGCUGCCCUAGUUCCAUGUGGCCACAACCUCUUCUGCAUGGAAUGUGCCAACAAGAUCUGUGAAAAGAGAACGCCAUCAUGUCCAGUUUGCCAGACAGCUGUUACUCAGGCAAUCCAAAUUCACUCUUAACUAUAUAUAUAUACAUAAAUACUAUAUCUCUAUAUGGACUCGUAAAGGCAUGGGUAUAAUGGUACCCCAGUAAACUUCCUAAUGAAUUCUUAUGACUGUUAUCAGGCUUUAUUGGGAUUAGGCUAAAGUUGUUAGUAAACUUAUAAAAGGCUGCUAUGGUAACACUAAACCUAAGUGGUCUCUUGUCUAUUAGUUUGGUUUGAAUUAUUAAUAUCCUAUAGACCCAGAGACAUAGCUUGUAUAAGAAUUGCUGAAGUUCAACUCGCUUGAGUGAAGAUCAUCACAGGUUGUGUGAGCCUACGAGAAAAGUGUAUCCGUCUGAGACUUCAAAACUGGUCCCAAAGCCUAACCACAUUAAGAGUUUAUGGAGGGUACUUGGCAUUACAGAUGAUUCAGACACUUCCAGGGCUGCCUUCUUUACACUGCCAGUUUUGACAAAACAGGUUUGUUUUUUAUUUUACAGCAACUUAUGCCUAAUUCUGCAGGAUUGCAAGUAACUUUCUA